AUGGCAGGCUUAGGGCAGGACAGCUAUGUGGGGGAUGAGGCACAGAGCAAGAGAGGCAUCCUCACCCUGAAGUACCCCAUCGAACAUGGCAUUGUCGGCAACUGGGAUGACAUGGAGAUCCGGCACCACGCCUUCUACAACGAGUUGCAGGUGGCCCCCGGGAUGAACUGCGAGAAGAUGACGCAGAUCAUGUUUGAGACUUUCAACACGCCAGCCAUGUACGUGGCCAUCCAGGCCGUGCUGUCGCUCUAUGCGUCUGGCCGCACCACCGGGAUUGUCAUGGACUCUGGGGACGGCGUGACCCACACGGUGCCCAUCUAUGAGGGGUAUGCCCUGCCCCACGCCAUCAAGCGCCUGGACCUGGCUGGCCGUGACCUGACUGACUACCUCAUGAAGAUCCUGACUGAGAGGGGCUACAACUUCGUCACCACGGCCGAGAGGGAGAUCGUGCGGGACAUCAAGGAGAAGCUCUGCUACGUGGCCCUGGACUUUGAUCAGGAGAUGGCCACGGCCAGCUCAUCUUCCUCCCUGGAGAAGAGCUAUGAGCUGCCAGACGGGCAGGUGAUCACCAUUGGCAACGAGCGCUUCCGGUGCCCCGAGGCUCUCUUCCAGCCCUACUUCCUGGGCUUGGAGUUGGCUGGCAUCCACGAGGAAACCUACAACUCCAUCAUGAAAUGCGAUGUGGACAUCCGCAAGGACCUGUAUGCCAACACGGUGCUCUCUGGCGGCAGCACCAUGUACCCUGGCAUUGCUGACCGGAUGCAGAAGGAGAUCAUCUCCCUGGCUCCCAGCACGAUGAAGAUCAAGAUCAUUGCCCCGCCAGAGCGCAAAUAUUCAGUGUGGAUCGGGGGCUCCAUCCUGGCCUCUCUCUCCACCUUCCAGCAGAUGUGGAUCAGCAAGCAGGAGUACGAUGAGUCUGGCCCAUCCAUCGUCCACCGCAAAUGCUUCUAAAAUCCAAGCAGCCAACCUCUUCUGGCCAAGUCAAUAUAUAUUGCUGCCUUGCUUUUAUCUGUUGAAUUCUGUCCUCUUGCAGGAUAUUUAGUAUUUAUCCAGUUCUUGAUUUGGCUCCUGCAUUGGACAACUUUUGUCCAUCGCUUUGCCAAGGCUUGUCCAAGGUCCACAGUUGCGCUCUUGAUAAUAAUAUUUGUAUUUAUACCCCACCAUCUGGCUGGGUUUCCUCAGCCACUCGGAUUGUGUACCACCUUGGCCUUUUCUUUAUUUCUGAUUCAUGUGGAGUUCAGUACUUUAUUGCUAUCCAUU